CAGGGUCUUUGCUCUAUACAACACAGAAAAGAAAAAAAUGUCAUUAAAAGAAGCAUAACACGUCAGUUCGUCCCCAGGUCUGUUUCCUGGAGUGGCAGUAACAGAUCAGUUCUAACCUGCCCAGCAGGGAUAACGGUCCUUCCUCGACUACUCUAGGACUUACAAUAUCUCCAGGAGCUCACCUACCAACAUUUCUCCCACAUUAUCUGGCUUUUUUAAUGCUUCUUGUCUUCCAGAUCCUUCAUCGGGACUUUGAAGAGUCUGCGUGCUGCUGAUUCAGAGCCCAUGCAAACUGCAAUCUGAUCCACUCUUAUCAAUGAAGCUGGAGAUCAUGGCGGAUGGCCCCAGGUGUAAGAGGAGAAAACAAGCCAAUCCAAGGAGGAAAAACGGAGGACUUAUAAUGCACAUUGACAAAGAUGAUCAGGAUCUUUCUCCUCUUCCAGAACAAGAUCAAAAUAUUUAUAGGAGAAACGCGUCAAGUCACAUUUUGAGCUACGAUAAUGUAAUAGAUACGGGUUCAGAAACAGAUGAAGACGACAAACUCCAUAUCGCAGAAGAUGACAGCAUUAUUACCACUUUGGAUCAGGAAGCGAGUCCCGCCAGCAUUCUUAACCAUGAGGCUUCACCACAUGCCAACCAAGCACUAUUGCCAAGAGAGGAAGAAGAUGAUGACUUGAGGGAGCGUGGAUUGGAACACAGUUGGCACAACAACGAUAUUUUGAAAGCUUCUGUAGAUGGUUCUGAUGAAAUGAAGGAUGACUUUGACACUAUGGGGCCAGAUGCCACUCAUUUAACCACUAUGAACAAUGGUGCAGUGAAGAGCGCAAAUUGCACUACGGAAUUUGAGGAGUACUUUGCCAAAAGAAAGAUGGACGACAGCGACAACCAUGGAGUUAGCAUAGCGGAAUAUCUGCAGCGUAGCGACACGGCCAUUAUUUACCCAGAAGCCCCUGAAGAGCUCUGCCGCCUGGGCACACCAGAGGCAAACGGGCAAGAGGAGAACGAAUUGCCACCUGGAACGCCAGAUGCUUUUGCCCAGCUGCUGACCUGCCCUUAUUGUGACCGGGGAUACAAACGUUUGACAUCACUGAAGGAGCACAUCAAGUAUCGCCAUGAAAAGAACGAGGAAAACUUCUCGUGCCCCCUUUGCAGCUACACAUUUGCCUACCGCACCCAGCUUGAACGGCAUAUGGUGACGCACAAGCCGGGGAGAGAUCAGCACCAAAUGUUGGCCCAAGGAGCCAGUAAUCGCAAGUUCAAAUGCACGGAGUGUGGCAAAGCCUUCAAAUAUAAGCAUCAUCUGAAGGAACACCUGCGAAUUCACAGUGGUGAAAAGCCAUAUGAAUGUCCAAAUUGCAAAAAACGAUUCUCCCAUUCCGGCUCCUACAGUUCGCAUAUUAGCAGCAAGAAAUGCAUUGGCCUAAUAUCUGUAAACGGCAGGAUGAGGAAUAACAUGAAAACCGGUUCGUCCCCGAAUUCUGUAUCCUCCUCUCCCACCAACUCGGCCAUAACGCAGCUGCGGCACAAGCUGGAAAACGGCAAACCACUUGGUAUGUCUGAACAGUCAGGCUUACUGAAAAUCAAAACGGAAUCACUAGAUUACAAUGAUUAUAAACUCCUUAUGGCUGCUUCGCAUGGAUUUAAUGGGCCAAAUCCAUUCAUGAAUGGUGGUCUCGGAGCCACCAGCCCAUUAGGAAUACACUCUUCAGCUCAAAGUCCAAUGCAGCACUUAGGAGUAGGCAUGGAGGGAUCGCUACUUGGGUACCCGCCCAUCAACAGUAACUUGAGUGAAGUGCAGAAGGUUCUAGAAAUUGUGGACAACACGGUUUCUAGGCAAAAAAUGGAAUGCAAGUCGGAAGAAAUAACAAAACUGAAGGGCUAUCAUAUGAAGGAAACAGGGCAUCCAGAGGAACAAGGGGUGACUUCCCCUGGAAUACCCCCAGGGGGUCUUCCGGUAGUAAGUCAUAAUGGUUCGACUAAAAGUAUUAUUGAUUAUACAUUAGAGAAGGUUAAUGAAGCCAAAGCUUGUUUGCAGAGUUUGACAACUGACUCAAGGAGACAGUUUAGCAGUAUUAAGAAAGAAAAAUUACGUACGUUGAUAGAUCUCGUAAGUGAAGACAAGAUGUUAGACAGCCAUAACGUGUCUACUCCAUACUCUUGCCAGUUCUGUAAGGAAAGUUUUCCAGGUCCCAUUCCUUUGCAUCAACACGAGAGAUACUUAUGUAAGAUGAAUGAAGAAAUCAAGGCUGUUCUUCAGCCCAACGAAAACAUGAUUCUCAACAAACAAGGAAUGUUUGCGGAGAAACAAGCACUCUUAUUGUCAUCGGUACUUUCUGAGAAAGGAAUGACUAGCCCCAUCAACCUGUACAAGGACCACAUGUCUGUACUUAAAGCGUAUUAUGCUAUGAACAUGGAGCCCAACUCUGAUGAACUACUGAAAAUUUCCAUAGCUGUUGGCCUUCCUCAGGAAUUUGUGAAGGAAUGGUUCGAACAAAGGAAAGUCUACCAAUAUGCAACUUCCAGGUCACCAUCUCUGGAAAGGACCAGUGCUGAGGUGGCCCUGGCUUCCACCAUCAACACCCCCACUAAAGACUCUCUAUCAGCCAGAUCUCCAAUAAAGCCUGUGGACUCUAUAACCUCCCCAUCUAUAGCAGAACUCCAUAACCGGGUAUCUAAUUGUGAUACACCUCUCAGGCUAUCAAAAUCUAGUCAUUUUGCUGGUUUGAAACCAGUCGAUAAAUUGGACCACUCCAGGAGCAAUACUCCAUCUCCUUUAAAUCUUUCUUCCACGUCUUCUAAAAACUCCCAUAGUAGCUCUUACACUCCAAACAGUUUCUCCUCUGAGGAACUCCAAGCUGAGCCUUUGGACUUAUCUGUACCAAAACUUAUGAAGGAAUCCAAAAGUAUUAUUUCCACAAAGAACAAAAUAAAACCCAAUAAUAUUUCUAUCGACCACAACAGUGUUCCCUUACCAUCCGAAAGUGUAGAUGAGCCACUGAAUUUAACUUACAUUAAGAAGGAACUUUGUAAUUCUAAUAAUCUGGACAAAAGCACUAACCCACUAUUUGGUCUCAACCAUUUUACCGGCAAACCUCUGUAUACACCGUUACCACCACAAAGCGCAUUUCCACCAGCCACUUUUAUGCCUCCAGUGCAGACAGGUAUUCCUGGAUUACGACAUUACCCAGGACUCGAUCAGAUGAGCUUCCUACCACACAUGGCCUAUACUUACCCGACUGGAGCAGCUACGUUUGCAGACAUGCAACAGAGGCGGAAGUACCAGAGGAAACCAGGGUUUCAGGGUGAAUUGCUUGACGGGACAGAUUACAUGUCAGGCCUGGAUGAUAUGACCGAUUCUGACUCCUGCCUGUCCCGAAAGAAGAUUAAAAAGACAGAGAGUGGCAUGUAUGCAUGUGAUUUAUGCGAUAAGACAUUCCAGAAAAGUAGUUCGCUUCUGAGACACAAAUAUGAACAUACAGGAAAAAGACCACACCAGUGUCAAAUUUGUAAAAAAGCAUUUAAACACAAACAUCACCUAAUAGAGCAUUCGCGUCUGCACUCUGGCGAGAAGCCAUACCAAUGUGAUAAAUGCGGCAAGCGUUUCUCUCACUCGGGAUCCUACUCACAGCACAUGAAUCACAGGUACUCCUACUGUAAGAGAGAGGCCGAGGAAAGGGAAGCGGCAGAGAGAGAAGCCCGAGAGAAGGGUCAUUUGGAACCCACAGAGCUACUGAUGAAUCGAGCCUACUUACAAAGCAUUACCCCGCAAGGCUACUCUGACUCAGAGGAACGAGAGAGCAUGAUGCGGGACGGAGGGAGCGAAAGAGACCAUGAGAAGGAAGGCGAGGAUGUUUACGAUAAGCUUGGAAGGCAGGACGGCGACGAAGAGUUUGAGGAAGAAGAAGAAGAGAGUGAAAAUAAGAGUAUGGACACUGAUCCGGAGACGAUUAGGGAUGAGGAAGAGAAUGGUGACCAUUCAAUGGACGAUAGUUCGGAAGACGGCAAAAUGGAAACCAAAUCAGAUCACGAAGAAGAAAUUAUGUAAUAAACUACUGCAUUUUAUUAUUUUAUUUUUUUAAUCCUCCCAGUUCCAGAGACGGGUUGGGGUACAAGACGUUGCUUCUCUUCUCUGGCACUUGAAGGGUUAAGCUUCCUCUCUCUCUAUAUAUAUAUAUAUUACCCCCUCCCCCCCUUCCAGUAGUAUUGUUACCUGCUUGAAAACACUGCUGUGUUCAUGCACGUGCCUGAAGCUUCCAGGAAGCCUGUAUAAAAUGAACUGAAGUGGGGCAGUUCUGCCAGAAGUCAAAUCAAGUUUUGAGUUGAUUAGUGUUAAUAAGAACUGCAUUAUGCAAAAUUUUUGUACAGUAUUAAGGCCUAAAAACUGUGUGGUUCAAGAGACUAAACCCUGUGUUUAAUAGCAUUUAUACUUUAAGCACAAAAUAGUUAAUUGUACGAAUUGCACUCUACUUAUAUAUCACUACAAACUUAAAAAAAAAAAAAGAUAUUUCUAAUUUAUAUUAAUACAUUUUAAGAAAGUGCCCGCACUAUUGUAAUUCAGUGUUAUUAUUCCAUUUUAAUUUAUGGUGCUGGCGAGACAUCAGUAUUAUGAUUCCUUUGUACUUUACUUUAUUCUUCGUGAUUUCUCAGUUUCAUGCUAAGUAACCACACAAUUUUAGGCCUCUUUUUUUUAUUUUUUUUUAUUAUUAUAUUAUUAUUUUUUUUGUUUUUGUUUAAUUUGAAGGAACAUGUGAAGUGAUGCAUGUUAUAAAUUGGAGAAACAGAAGUCUUAAAGUGACCUGGAUAGAAAGGAAAAAAAAAAGGACAAUGAGUAUUAUAGAAAGCCUUUGUAAGGUGGUUUUUAAAAAGCCUUAUAUGCAAACCUUUUAAUCUGUGUGUUUCUGCAAGUGCCAUCCUUGUACAGUAUUAAGAGGGUAACUUUGUUACCUAUGCACCAGCUUCAGUGUUAAACUCACCCUGUUCUUUGAAGCACCCAUGUCAGUAUUAGAAGAAUAGGCAGCAGUUCCUUAGUUUACAUAUGUUUGUGCAAUUUUAUUUUCUCUGUAAUUUUUUUUUAUUUUUUUUUUGUUCAUUCAUUUGUCAGUAUUACACCAAACAUUUUUGGCAAUUUUUAUUUUUAUUUUUUUGUUAUUUUUUUUUUUUUUUUUUGCAUUCAUUUAAUUUUAGGUCAAAUAACAUUUUAUUUAUGUGGUUCAUUUUAUAUUUCCUAAUUUUAUUUAUUUCAUACUGUAGUGUACAGUAUUAUAGUUCUUCAAUAUAGAUAUAUUUUAGUAAAAAAGGAACACGACGUUGAUCACUUGGGCAAAUUUUACGUAAAGAGAAGAGCAUUUAUUGUGUUUUGGAACAUUAAUUGUGAAAUGCGAUUUUUCAAUUUUAUUAUUUUUUUUUUGUUUUUUUUUUGUUUUUGUUUUUUUUUUUCCAAUUACUGGAAAUUCCAAAUUUGGGAACUUUUGAUACGAUCUUGUGAAAACACUGUAUUUUCGACUGAAAAUUCCACUUUCUUCAUCUUGUUUUUUAGCUAAAUAAAAGAGGGACUGUUAAAUACAAUGUAUGAUACCAUGACAAAAAAAAAUUCUUUCCUGAAUUGUCUUUGUAAAAGUAUUAUUGAAUUUUCAAUUUGUAAUUUCUCUUGAAAAUGACCAUGCUCGAAUAAAAAUGUAGCCAAACAA